AUGAUCGUCACGAUCAGCCAUCAGCCACUAAACAACAGCCUGCUGCUCGGCACGAACGCACUCCUUCCGGCAGCGAUUGGCCACUUCCGCCUGGUGCCGAGCCAGCGCCCCGACCUCGUCCAGCGCCGCAACGGGCCUGAGCUGAUGCUUCCUGUUGACGCCGUAAAUGCGGAGAACGACAUGGAGCUCAGCAUGCGGCUGCUCUUGGGCAUAACUGGCGGCAUCUCUCUCAAUCUCCACGUUUUCGGCCGCGCCGCCGCAGUCGCUCAACUUCUGAAGACCGCCAGCGGUGCGAUGAGGGGUUCGGCGGUCUGGGUUCGAUCGCUGCGACGCCACUUCUGGGCGGCGAGUGCGAUCGCUCCCCGCCCCGGGCUCGAAUCAGCCCUGAGGCGUGCGUUCCCCGGCUGCGCACGCCCCGCCGCCGAUCUCCUCGCGCUUCUGGCUCCGUCGCUCCUCUCCGGCGCCGAGACGCAGACGGAUGUCAUCCUCGUCGACCCGAUGGCGUUGCUCCUCUCUGGUGCCGCAGAGCUCUGGCGCACGCUGCGCGCACUGCCCCGCCCGAUCGCGCUAGCGGCAGCGGCCGACUACUCCGCCUUCCCGCCACCCCACGGCGGCGAGGCCUUCACCGCCGAGCCAUCGCUCCAGCUGCUCCGGCCCGCCCGGCUAAGGCACCAGGGGCUCGCUGCUUACGCCCCAUGCAACCACGAGAUUGAGCACGUCGCCUUUGCGUGGCACGCCAAGGCAGCGCACGAGGCGGACUAUGCCGGCCGCCGCUGCGCUUGCUCGCAGCGGCUGCGCCUGCUGCUGCCCCCGGGCGCGGAUGCGGCCGCAGCCACAGGGUUUGGCUCAAAGCUGCGCGCCACCCUCCGUAAGCUUACGCUGGAGCCGAGCGUGCUCGUCUGGGCGAAUCGCUACCUCUCCCUCCGCCCGCCGCCGCCGCACGUUGCCGUGUUGCUCGACCGCACACAGCAGCCACCUGGCUACGUGGCGCUCCCUCUCUCGGAGGAACUUUCGGAGGAUGUCUCGGAGGAUGGCAAAGGCGGUCGUCGCUCGCCGGCGCCGCUGCAGCCGCACGAGGGCGGCGCCGGCGUGCAAGUCAUCUACCCGUGCGGGCACGCAGGCGCUGAAGAGCACUUCAUCCUGCAGACGCUUCUCGGCGCUUGCUCGCCGACCCGGCACUGCCUCUUCCCGCUCGCGCUCGCCGCUGGCGACCUCGCCCUCAUCAAGGCGGUGGUGGUGCCUGGCGCCGUGUUUGUCCUGCAGCGCGGCCAGUUCUCAUUUGCCUACCGGGUAGCCGCCGCCGCGGGCGUGCCCACCUCGGCGCUCAUACUCGUGCACAUCUCGGACGGCAACAUCUACCGGGCUGCCAUGGCCUCGUCGACCGCGCACUACCCGCGAUGGCGCGCCGCCUUCCGGCAGUAUUGGGUCGCGGACGCGCCCUUGGCAGAGCUGCCCGCGAGCGCCGCCGCCCCGGGCGACCACCCAGGGCGCGAUUUCGCACCAACGCUGCAGGACGCCGCGGAUGGCGGGCAUGUCUCGUGGAUCCCGAUUGGAAUGAACCCGCAGUGGGUGCGCCUCUCCCCCUCGCUCGCCUCGCGCGCCAUCCCGCUGCUGCCCGCGUCCGCACGCCGCCUCCCGCUCACCUUUUUGGGGUCCACCGACAAGUCGGAUCGGCUGCAGCGCAUUGGCGAGGUGAACGCGGUGCUCGCAACGCUCGACGCGAUACUUCCUGAGCCCCUCCGAGUAUUCCACCGGCGCGGCAGCGUGGCGUGCUAUGGCGAGGGUUGCGCAGAUGAGCGGUACGUCAACGAGACGCUCGAGUCGCGGCUCUGCCUCCAGCUGCCCGGCUCGAGUGUCGAAUCGAAUCGGCUGUACGAGCAGCUCGAGGGCGGCUGCGUCCCCACCAUCGUCGAAGAGUGGGGCCCCGGCGAGGCGGCGGUCGGCACCACCCCGACCUAUGGCGCCGCCGCCACCGCCGACGUCCGCGCUGCUUUUGCGCCGCUCACUCUGGUGACCGGCACGCCGCCACCUUUCAUUACCGUUCCCCGUGUGAGCGAUCUGCCGACAGCGCUGGCGCCGCUGCUCGCGUCGCACGACGCGCUCGACGCGCUCCAAGCGCGCGUGGUCGAGUGGUGGGGACGGGCCAAGCGGCACUACGCCGACGCAAUGGAGAGCGCCGUGUGUCCGCCAAAUAAGUAA